ACUUCCUUUUACUCACUCUCUCUCCUUUAAUAUUUUUCAUAUAAACCUUGGGAUUAUCGUCGUCAAUCACGUACGAAGAUCCCUAAUUUCUUAAUCCUAAUUGCUUUCCCUAUCUAUUUGUUCUGAAUCUUCAGUUUGUUGGGUCCCCCAUAAUUCAAUCAGAAUCACCUAAGGAUGGAUGUUGAUAACAAGUUGUUGAAUACGGGCCUGCUCAUAGUGGCCACUCUAGUGGUGGCCAAGCUCAUCUCUGUGCUUAUAAUGCCGCGAUCUAAGAAGCGGCUCCCUCCGGUGGUGAGGACUUGGCCUCUCGUUGGGGGACUUCUCCGAUUCAUAAAAGGUCCGGUUGUGAUGCUCCGUGAAGAGUUUCCCAAGCUUGGUAGUGUGUUCACUGUGAACAUUUUUCACAAGAGGAUAACUUUCCUGAUUGGCCAUGAGGUUUCGGCCCACUUCUUCAAGGCCCCCGAGUCUGAUCUUAGCCAGCAGGAGGUAUACCAGUUCAAUGUGCCGACUUUUGGACCCGGGGUCGUCUUUGACGUCGAUUACUCAGUCCGCCAGGAGCAGUUCCGCUUCUUCACGGAGGCUCUCAGAGUCAAUAAACUCAAGGGUUAUGUGGAUCAGAUGGUUACGGAAGCAGAGGAUUACUUCUCCAAGUGGGGUGACAGCGGCGAGGUGGACCUGAAGGAUGAGCUAGAGCAUCUGAUUAUCCUAACAGCCAGCAGAUGUCUUUUGGGCCGAGAAGUUCGUGACAAGCUCUUUGCUGAUGUUUCUGCCUUGUUCCAUGACCUUGACAAUGGGAUGCUUCCUAUUAGUGUUAUCCUCCCAUACCUUCCCAUCCCAGCUCACCGCCGCCGUGACCAGGCACGCAAGAAGCUAGCAGAAAUCUUUGCAAACAUCAUAGCUUCCCGUAAGCAAAGUGGCAAGUCAGAGAAUGACAUGUUACAGUGUUUUAUUGAGUCCAAGUACAAGGAUGGCCGCUCAACAACCGAGUCUGAGGUGACUGGCUUGCUAAUUGCCGCUCUCUUUGCUGGGCAGCACACUAGUUCUAUCACCUCAACAUGGACUGGAGCCUAUCUUCUCCGUCACAAGGAGUACCUGACUGCUGCAUUGGAGGAGCAGAAAAAACUGAUGGAAAAGCAUGGGAAGAGGGUGGAUCAUGAUAUCUUGGCUGAGAUGGAUGUCUUGUAUCGAAGCAUCAAGGAAGCUCUUAGACUCCACCCUCCAUUGAUUAUGCUGCUACGUAGUUCGCAUAGCGAUUUUAGUGUACAAACCCGAGAGGGGAAGCAAUAUGACAUUCCAAAGGGCCACAUAGUUGCCACAUCGCCAGCUUUCACUAACCGGCUUCCUCAUGUUUUUAAGGACCCAGAUAGGUAUGAUCCCCACAGAUUUGCAGCUGGGAGAGAAGAGGACAAGGUGGCAGGGCCUUUCUCAUAUAUCUCAUUUGGAGGUGGUAGACAUGGAUGCCUUGGUGAGCCAUUUGCAUAUUUGCAAAUUAAGGCAAUAUGGAGUCAUUUAUUGAGGAACUUUGAGUUAGAACUUGUAUCGCCGUUUCCCGAGACCGAUUGGAAUGCCAUGGUUGUAGGUGUGAAAGGAAAGGUGAUGGUGCGCUACAAGCGACGAGAACUAUCUUUUAACUAGUCUCAAAAGACGUAGGUGGGCUAUUGGCAUUUCUAAGUUAGCUCGCAUAUAGGAUGGUUUUGGCUCCUCUUUAUGCAUUUGUUUUGUAUCUGCUGCGGCACUUUUCUUCACUGAAGCUCCCGUGCUUUUCUGUUGGAUUGUUGCUCGGAUUUAAUUGCCUUGUAUUGAACCUUGUUUUGUGUUGAAUUUCUUUCAGUUGUAGUGUAUUUUUGGAAUCUUUAUGUCAUGGAUUUUGGUGGUUUUAACUUCAAAAAAAAA